GAAGGGCUAGGGGCCGCUGUGCCAUGGAGCCCGUGCUCUUCGCGUGGGGUGCAAACAGCUAUGGACAGCUUGGUCUUGGUCAUAAAGAGGAUGUGCUGGUACCUCAGUCACUGAAAGAUGUUUCCUGCAAAUGUCAAGACAUUAAAAGCAUUACUGGAGGAGGGGGACAUUCUGCAGUUAUCACUGGUGCAGGAGAACUCUUUGUAUGUGGCCACAACAAAGAUGGGCAGUUGGGAUUGAAUCAUACAGAGGAUGUACUGCGUUUUACUUUGUGCACUGUCCUGUCUGGCUUUUGUGUAAAACAAGUUGCCUGUGGCUGGGAUUUUACAAUCAUAUUAGUAGGAUCUGGCCUAGUUCUAUCCUGUGGGUCUAACUCUUUUGGACAAUUAGGAGUUCCUCAAGUUUCAGGUCCGUGCUUGAUUCCACAAAAGAUUGAGUCUCUCAAAGAGAAGGUGGUCGAUGUUGCUGCAGGACUGAGACAUGCCCUUGCUGCUACAGAGAGUGGUUUGGUGCUUCAGUGGGGAACUGGCAUGGCGUCUUGGGCAAAGCGUGCAAACCAAGGAAAAACCCUUCCCCUGUUCCUGACAGCAAAAGAACCCUGUGAAGUAACAGGCCUGGAAGAUGUAAAGGUGAAGACAGUUGCUGCAAGCUCCUAUCAUUCAGUGUCACUCACAGAUGAAGGACACCUGUAUGUCUGGGGUAGCAACAAACAUGGGCAGCUAGUGAGCAAAGAGAUCUUUCUCGCGGAGCCCGAGAAGAUUGAGACUGAGUUUUUCUCACAUGAAAAGAUUGGAGCAGUUUGGAGUGGCUGGACCCACUUGGUGGCACGAACAGAAACUGGCAAGGUAUUCACCUGGGGCAGAGCUGACUAUGGGCAACUUGGAAGGCACGCAGUGGUUCCUGAUGGGCAGGAGGUGUGCACAGCAUCUGAACAACGCUUGGAGCUGUUGUGUAACAUCCCUAUUUCAGUGCCUUGCCUAAAUGGAGCAUCUCAGAUCGCAUGUGGCUCAGAGCAUAAUCUGGCAGUAGUUGGUGGCCGGUGCUUCUCUUGGGGAUGGAACGAGCAUGGGAUGUGUGGUGAUGGCACAGAAGCAAAUGUUCAUGUCCCUAAGCCAGUCAAAGCUCUUGGUUGCACAGAACAGAUCUUAAUUGGAUGUGGGGCAGGACACUCCAUGGCUCUUUGUCAAACUCCACAUUAGACUCAUCACACCUGAAACCAUAGCAUCGUGGAUGUGGAUGGACAUCUUUUGGAUUGUGUAGCUCAGAAGUGCUACAAGAGGAUUGCCCAUGAUUAACAAUAUUUUGAAAGUGCAGAAGUUUUUUCUAAGACUAAAAGGAACGAGUAUGCAUAGAAAACUAUAAUAUUUUUUAAAUUGUGUCAUGGGCCUUUUUCACAGCAAUUGACUUUCUUACCCACAGAUAGAAUGACAAAUGUUUUGCCUUGACAUGAUACCGUUGAAGAAAGAACUACUUUUUCUUGUUCGUCUGAGAAGUCUUUGAGGAAGAAACUGACUGCUUGAUCAUUUAUCAUCAGUGUAUAAAUUCAGUCUGAGGAAAUGGUCUGAGAAGGUGGAGUUAUAGGGCCCCUUCUGGUCUUUUGUUAUUGUAUAUUUACAUCAUGAUGAGCAUGUGUUGCAUCUGCCAACUUCUGCUGGAGUUGUGAGCUCUUAGCAUCUCAGAAAAUCCAGUUUGCAUCACAGAGAAAUGCCAGCGAACAUAAAUAGAUGCAUACACACAUUUUAAACAGAAGAUUAGGAUUUAAAAAAAAAAAAAGAGAUAUACUUGAGAAUGCUGGUAAAAGGGGAAACUGUGAAAGGAGCAAUAUUUCUGAGGAAUUGUCUUCUGUGCCAGACAUCAGUUUAUUAUAGAUUUACAGGGAUGCAGAUCCGCAUGAAUUAUCAUUAACUUGCAAACCGAACCUGAAGUUUCUGAAGCUACUGCUUAGGGAAGAAAAACUUCUAAGAGCCCUUAGAAACAAUAGAAAAGUUCUUGUCUUGACUCACUGUCAAGUGAGUUGUAGCUGUUGAGGACAGUUUGAUCCAACGUAGCUCCUGUGUUUCCAGCUGCAUUUGAAUAGGAAGACAUCAAAAUCUAACCAGAAAGUUUUUACAAGUUCUCCAGCCUAAAAGGCAGACCAGAAUGCUCCUGAUAAUUUCAGGUUAGUUCUCGCAUCUGUUUUGCAGCCCAGCUGCGUUACUGUUCAGAGCAUGCCCACAGUACUUGUUCCAGGUGAAUGCUUGGCAGAGAACAUAGGCCUAACACUUGUUUUGGUUGGAGAAAUGAAAAAGUGUAAAUUAUCUUCAGGUAUUAUUAGCAGCCUAUGUUGAGCAGAAUUUUGGAAGCUAUUUAUAAAACUGUUUUUCACACAAAUACAGUGGCUGCCAUUAAACUGGAUGUUUACCACCCACGUUAGUUACAUUUGCUGUGGUAUUUGAUGUAUUUCAAGUUCUAAAUAUAGAGAAUACUACUGUGUGCUAAGUGCACCUUUUAAUGAGACCUACUGUUGCCAAACAGUGGUUUAAUUUUUAAAGCAGGCUUGCCAGGGAAGAAAUGUUACAGAAUUACAAAAUACUCAGAGAAGGGCUCUUAGGAAAUAGGACAGGAAGACUUUCUAAUGAUGUAUCAGCUUACACAUGAGGGGGAAGGAAUUAAGGUAGUCAUAUGGCCUGCUAGGGUUGCUUUCCCCCUUGGUUUUACAGUGGUUACAGUUCAUGGGCUAAUUUUCAAAGGCAUUUUCUUUUUCUAUUCAAUGGAUGAGAAACUUGAACUGACUGUGAAGCUGAUUAUAACAACUAUAUUACAGAUACUGAAAGAAUCUGUAAGAAUAAUCAAACAGGUCCUCUGCAAAAAGUGCAGAAUUGAGACUUCUAUUGUAAAGUGGCUUUUUUAAUCCAUGUGUUGGUUGUGGUUCUUCAUGGUAAUAUACUGUUCUAGGCUGUGACUUCUUGCACUUUUUACUUAUCUAAGUUGCUAUUUAUUGACUCUCCUUAAUGCUGUUUUCUAGAUACCACAGCCUUUCUAUUACAUGCACUGAACAGUUUC